UGGAGGUAGUCGGUCUGCGAUCCGCUCGUGUUCCGUGAGUGUCCAUCCGUCGUCACCGUCCGCGAUAUCGGUGCCUAUCGGGAGGCGAAAAGGUGCAACGACCUCCGUCCUUGCGCGCCCGGUCGCAGUAUCGCGUUCCUUGGGAACCGGACCCGGUAACGGCGGAGAGCGAGCGAGCGAGGGAGGCGGCGGCGUCGACGCACGUCCACGAUGGCGACGGACCGAUAGAGACAGCCGACUCUCGGCUCGGCCGGAUGAAGGCGCGUCGGUUCGCCCGCUGCCAGCGUAGCGGAGGAGUGAGUCGCGCCGCGGCGUAGGAGGAGAAAGGAGGGUGCCUAUCUCCGUCUCUCUCGCGUCCUGGGUCGCGAUCGCGCCCGACGUCGCGCCGUCUCGGCCAUGUCCUCCCCCCCCGUGCGCGCCCCCCGCCGCUGAGCCGCCUCGCGCGCAUCCCUUGGCUCGUCCUCGACCUUGCGCUCGGCGCGCCGGGCAGCCUCGCUCGUCCACUGCCGUGGCGGACCUGGUGCGCGCUUCCUCGCGCCGAGCCCUGCCUUCCUAGGCCGCCCCGGAGGGCCGCGGAGGGGAGCGCAGCCAAUCCAAGAUGGCGCACAACUUGGCACCGAGCGUCAACUGUUCCCUCGACGACAUCGACCUGAACGCCCUGAAGGACCCUGCUGGCAUCUUCGAGCUCAUCGAAGUCGUCGGAAAUGGAACCUAUGGACAGGUCUACAAGGGUCGCCACACGAAGACCGGUCAGCUGGCCGCGAUUAAGGUCAUGGACGUCACGGAGGACGAGGAAGAGGAAAUCAAGCUGGAGAUUAACGUCUUGAAAAGGUACUCGAACCACAGGAACAUCGCGACGUAUUAUGGGGCCUUCAUAAAGAAGUCGCCUGCCGGCAAGGACGACCAGCUAUGGCUCGUCAUGGAGUACUGCGGAGCGGGCUCGGUCACGGAUCUGGUCAAGUCGACCAAAGGCCAGAGCCUCAAGGAGGAGUGGAUCGCGUACAUUUCCAGGGAAAUUCUGAGGGGCCUAAGCUACCUCCACAGCAACAAAGUCAUCCACAGGGACAUCAAGGGCCAGAACGUCCUGCUUACGGACAAUGCCGAAGUCAAGUUGGUCGACUUUGGCGUAAGCGCACAACUGGACCGAACCAUCGGCCGAAGGAACACGUUCAUCGGUACGCCUUAUUGGAUGGCCCCUGAAGUGAUAGCCUGCGAUGAGAACCCUGACGCGACCUACGACAACAGGAGCGACCUGUGGUCCCUCGGUAUCACCGCCCUGGAGAUGGCGGAGUCGCAGCCUCCGCUGUGCGAUCUUCACCCCAUGAGGGCGCUCUUCUUGAUACCGCGCAACCCACCGCCCAGGCUGAAGUCGAAGAAGUGGGCGAAAAAGUUCCACGGCUUCAUCGAGACCGUCCUCGUCAAGGACUACCACCAGCGGCCGUACACGGAACAGCUCUUGAAGCAUCCUUUCAUCCGGGACCAACCAACGGAGCGGCAGGUUCGGAUCCAGCUCAAGGAUCACAUCGAUCGCUGCAAAAAGCGUAAACAGGAGAAAGAGCGAGACGACUACCGGUACAGCGGCAGCGAGAACGAGGAGGAGGAACCCGCGCUAGCUGGGGAGCCUUCCUCUAUCGUGCAGGCCCCGGGCGGAGACACUUUGCGUCGCAAUUUCCAGCAGAUCCAGGAAGGUAGGACGCUGACGCAGGAUGCUGCUCAGCCUCCCGUCAAGGACAAGGGUAGGAGGGAGGUGGCAGAACCAGGACCUCCGGCGAGGCCCGCCAUUCCGCACAGACUCAUCGUUGUGCCAGACCCGCAGCCUCCAUCGCGCCCUCUGCCCCCGACCCCGCGGGACGACCCGCGCCAGGUGCACAAGGUCUCGACGCCACCUUCGAACCACCAGGCCCCGAUGCCGGGAGCCGGAAGCAGCGGUGGUUCCGGUGGUCAACCGGCUCCCCAGAGAAACAGUCACGUGUUCAAGCCCAUGGACCUGGACACGCUGGCCGCGCAACUGAACGAGCUUGGUGUGUCGCAGGGCCCCGAGGCCCCCCCCAGGCCCAACAGGCAGCCCAAGACCACCACCUCCGGCCAGGGCGGCGUCGUCAACGCGAGCUGCGCCACCACCAACGGGCCCGAGGGCUCCCCGGCUGGCACCCAACCUGCGAGCGGCAACGUCGGCGGUCAACCCGGUGCGGAGAGGCCCAAGCACGGGCCCAGGGCGGCCAGUGUUCUCGAGCAAGCACUGUCCAUCGAGAGCGACAGCGACGACGACAUCGAGGACGUCAGCGGGAACAACCCCAGGAACGAUGGAACCCUGUUGGCCAGCGACCCACCCAAGCCUCUCCCUGAAUUUUCUCCUUUCAGACCGUCGUCGGACGCUUCCUCGCACAACGUACAAAAUUCCCACCACGAAGGUGGAGCUCCGAACCGACCACUGCCCCCGACACCCGACGAGGAGGAGUCCGGUGACCGCACUCUCGUGAUGAAACGAAAAGUUAACCAACCGGACGAUAAAUCUGGAGGCGACCGGCGCUCAGAGGUAGACGAGCAGCUCCUCCUGAAGGAGUGGAACUUUGCCCGCUUCUUCCAAGGGUUUAACGAAAGGUUGGAUAAAAUGAAACAGGAGGCGGCCACCGCCGAGGAGCGGCCCCUGCCGGCCGCGGGGAAGACCCUGGAAAGGAAGAGACCGGACGAGGAGAAGCGCCAGCGCGCGGCCAAGCAAGAGCAGAGCGGCUGGCAGCAACCGCAACAGCAACGCCAGCAACCGCAACAGCAGCGCCAGCAAGAGGUGGCCCCCAAGCCUCUCCACCGUCGCCAGGAGUCGGACUCGAAGCUGGCCAAGGCGAGCGCGUUCGCGCGGGCGUUCCGCCGGGAGAACUCGGACUUCUUCCCGUCGAGCCGGCACUCGGCGUACCUGCAGAAGAGCGAGACGAGGCCGAGCAUCUUCUCGAGCGGGAGCAGGAGGGGCAGCGAGGCCAGCGUCGGCCGCAGGAGCGCCGCGGUCGCCGGCGAGCCGGUGCUGACCGACUUCCUGAUGGGCGCCGGCGGCCGCGGCGCCCCCGCCGCCCCCGCCGCGGGGGGUGCCCCCCUCAGGCCCAGACGCGAGAAGACCGAGAGCGAGAUCGUGAUCGGGAAUAGGCAGGACUUGAGGGAACAGCUGGAGGCCCGCCGGCUCGACGUCGAGUCCCGGUUCUCCCUCGAGGCCGAGAGGACUGGCCGGCGCAACCGCAGACCCCUCGGCGACCCGGAUAGUAGCGGGACCUUAAAGUCCACUGCGAGUACGAGCGCGAGCACGACGGCGGCUAGCGAGUACGGCUCGACCGCGAGCACUCAGAACCGAGAGAGCGGAGACAGACGUGGUUGCGAUUUUCAGAGGUCGGAUACUUCUCCUGGGUCGAGACCCAGCUCGGUUCUUCCUGACCUUUUGACGUCGUCACCGAGUCAACGUCAAGACAAGUCAACCAGCGAGGAGUACCGACAGGCCGUUAAAUCUCCUCCUCUUGCGCUCCAACAGAAGCAGAGGUCUUUCCUGACUUUUGGCUUCGGAGCCGGCCCCGCCAGGAGGGAAUCCCACGUAAACGUUAACGUCACCCCGACGAGCCACGACCUCGCCUCCGACACCCCGGAGAUCAGGAAGUACAAGAAGAGGUUCAACAGCGAGAUACUCUGCGCCGCUUUGUGGGGAGUUAAUCUACUGAUCGGCACCGAAAACGGACUGAUGCUGCUGGACCGGAGCGGCCAGGGCAAGGUGUACCAGCUGAUCAGCAGGAGACGGUUCCAGCAGAUGGAGGUCCUCGAGGGGCAGAACAUCCUGGUCACCAUCAGCGGGAAGAAAAACCGCGUCAGGGUGUACUACCUCUCCUGGUUGAAGAGCAAGAUCCUCCGCACGGACGGACACAGCGAUCAAGUCGAGCGACGCAACGGGUGGAUCAACGUGGGAGACCUUCAGGGAGCGGUGCAUUUUAAAAUAGUCAAAUACGAGCGCAUCAAGUUUCUCGUAAUCGCCCUGAAGGACUCGAUCGAGAUCUACGCCUGGGCGCCGAAACCGUACCACAAGUUCAUGGCCUUCAAGUCCUUCGGCGAGCUCGCGCAUCGCCCUCUCCUCGUGGACCUCACCGUCGAGGAGGGGACCAGGCUGAAGGUCAUCUACGGGAGCGCCGAUGGAUUCCACGCGGUCGACCUCGACUCCGCCACCGUCUACGACAUCUACUUGCCGAAACACACCCAGGGCCCGAUCUGUCCGCACUGCAUCGUCGCCUUGCCCAACAGCAACGGGAUGCAGCUCCUGCUCUGCUACGACAACGAGGGCGUCUACGUCAACACCUACGGCAGGGUCUCGAAGACGAUGGUCCUUCAGUGGGGCGAGAUGCCGACGAGCGUCGCCUACAUCGGCACGGGCCAGAUCAUGGGCUGGGGCAACAAGGCCAUCGAGAUACGCAGCGUCGAGAGCGGACACCUGGACGGCGUCUUCAUGCACAAAAAGGCCCAGAGGCUCAAGUUCCUCUGCGAGCGCAAUGACAAAGUAUUCUUCUCCUCGGCGAAGGGCGGAAGCUCCUGCCAGAUAUAUUUCAUGACGCUGAACAAACCCGGCAUGGCCAACUGGUGAUCCCAAGUAAGGCCGCUCCCGGCCUCACCGUCACCGUCGUCCGAGUGUCCUCGCGUACCGGAAGAGUCGCCGAAGCCUUGUCGACAUCGCCAGGUUUCGCGUCGACCGGGAUCGCCGCCACGGCGACGAGGACGACGGCGACAGCGGCGGCAGAAGCUGCGCAGGCAAAGGCCCCAGCGACGCGUCGGCAAGUUAGAGCGCUGCCGUCCGCGCGGCGAGUCGAGGAGGCUCUACCCAGGGACCCUGGUAGACGUCGGCCUUCUCGCCAAAAGGUUUCUCUACUUCCUGGGACGCUUCUGCAACGCCUCCAGGAUUGGCUAGACCCGGCGACCAAGGGAUAGGAGCGCAGGAGACGAGGGACAUCCGGGACGUACCAGUGCUGCGUACGUCGUCCAGGAUUCCCCGUAGAGGAGCGAUCACCGUGAAUACCUGGCCAUGUAAUCGAUCAGCGACCGCCGAUAUAUCACGCGGUGGUCUUCCUCGAGGAACCCAUCCUGCCGACCUUGGUCGUGGCACAAACAGAGACUCGGUGUGCCGCAGGUUGGCUGGUUUACUACUGGCCAAUCGGUGGACGCUGUGUGUCGCCGACCGGGGCAUUCCCGGUCGAGCGAAGGACCGUUUAGGUGACGGGGAUCCCGCAACGUGGCGCUACCUGUGGCGCCUGUUAUCCCCCAUUUCCCACCCCCAUGUCGAGAAGCUCCGCUUCGUUGAGAAUACCACCGCUGAUCGGCGGUGAUCAGCCCUGGCAUGGUGGCGACGCAUCGUGCAAUGAACGAAAACGUACGAGAAGAUCCGAUGUUGCGGCCAGACCGACCUCCGCGUCGGCUCAACCGCUAUGCCGAGAUAUUCUACUGGCAUUAGAUUUAAUGAGGGAAAUAAUUAAUCGCAUAGGUUAGCAGCCAAAGGCUUCGUAUACUGCGGUGCGCGCUUCGAGGCGUGCCGUUCUGCGCACGCGCACUCCCGUGUGCGCCUGCGCCGUGGAGACCCCUCGCGGCGCCCUUCUGCGAUUUUGUCGAUAAUGCGUGGGUAUCGGAUAUCGCGUUUUUACAAAUAGCUAAGUAAUUGUAUUAGAGGCUCGAGACGCACGAAAUACACAAGUGGUUUAUCACUUUU